GGGGGGCUGACAUCGGCGAAACAAUAAUCCGCCCAGAAACAAAGGGGAAGCAUCCAAACAUAACUGUCCUUUGAGGCUUUGGGUCAUUGUGCUACCGCGGAGUGGCAAGGACAUGCUCUUGACAGAGUAUCAAAUGGAUGCGGGGUCCAGCUUGCAGCUAGUUGUAUUUAGAGAAAACACUCAAAUAGUGAUAUAUCCCCAAGUUCUCAUUUUUGGGGCGGGCUGAGGACGAUGUCGUGGUAACUACAUAUCAUUGUUUCUAUCUUUAUUCCGUCAUGCGUCAAACUUCUACGUCGAGCCCGCGCUAUUCAGCCUUGCCAAACGAUGUAAGGGAGACUGAACUUCAGGAUCUCUCUUGGCAGGGCCUCUACAUAGACGAUGAAGAUGGAGAAGAAGAGGAUGUGCAGUCGACCGGAGAAAACUCGCUAGAGGGGGACACGAUAGUUUCGGAUGGAGGAGAUCUCGCCGAAGAUAAAUUCGCCCCAUUCCCAGACAUGCAUCGUGAUUCGAACCCGGUUUUCACGUUCCGUGCAUUACUCAUUGGAUGUCUCUGCGGGGCGUUGGUGAACGCUUCCAAUAUCUACCUAGGUCUCAAAGCAGGCUGGACCACCUCGGCCAACAUUUUCGGCUCAAUUGUGGGCUUUGCCGUCCUGAAAUCAUGGACAAAGUACACUGGCGAGCACAACUUCGGGCCCCAUGAGAACAACAUUGUCCAAACCGCUGCCACGGCGGCGGGGGGUCUGUCUAAUGUCUUCGUAUCUGCUAUUCCCGCGCUGUAUCAGCUAGGACUUCUUUCCGUCCCAGCUAAAGAUUUUUUUCGAAUUACGACACUGACCGCUGUUGGGGGCUACUUUGGCCUCCUGUCCGUUGCGCCAUUACGAAACUUCUUCCUGGUCCAGGUGGCCCGGGAGCUUAAUCUUAUCUUUCCAUCCUCAUCCGCUACUGCUAUCACUAUUCGUAGCAUGCAUCAAGCCGCUAGCGGUGCAUCUAUGGCCCAGCAGAAACUUGCUGCUUUGCUCUACGCUUUUAUAUUCGCAGUGAUUCUGCGUGUUGCAUCCCAGUAUGCCAUCGGGGUUCUGUGGGAUUGGCAUCCAUUUACUUGGCUAGUUAAUAGCGGAAUUCUUGUCGAGUGGGCCAUGUCUAUGGAAAGCUGGGGUUGGAUUGUUGAAUGGACGCCUGCAUUCAUCGGCUCUGGAAUGCUCGUGGGAAUCAAUGUUGCUGCUUCUUUUACUGCCGGCUCAGUUCUCGCGUGGGGUAUCAUUGGCCCGUAUUUAGUCGGCCAUGGAAUGGCUUUUGGAGAACCGGCGUCCACGGAUGCGAAAUGGUCCGGCUUGAUGUCCUAUGCGUCCUUGUCGAAGGACUUUGCAACAGCUUCUCACCCAAGCCCUCGAUAUUGGUUAUUAUGGCCAGGUGUGGUUACGAUGGCUGCAGUGGCGCUUGCUGAACUUGCGUGUCAAUGGCGUGUGUUUUGGAUUAUUGCUCGAGAUUCCACCCGAGCAAUGGCAGACAUCCUUUCCAGGCUGCGAGGAGAUCACCAUCAGUAUACCCUAAUGAUGGAAAAAGACGAGGACAUUGGUCCUUCAAAAGAUAGUGUCAAAGUAUGGAUGUGGCUACCAGGCCUAAUUGCCAUUAUCGCCAUUGCCUGUCCCGCCCUGAAGUACCAGUUUGGCAUGAAGGUUACGGAGUCACUGUUGGCUCUUUUCCUGGCAUUCAUAUUGUCCCUCAUGGCAAUCCAGGCAACUGGAGCAACUGACACCACGCCUCUUGGUAUUCUUUCCAAAGUGUCUCAAGUUACCUUGAGCAGCACAACGCGGGAUCAAACCAUACAGAACUCACAACGCCUGAAUCUCUUAGGUGGUGCUCUAACAAAUAUUGGCGGGAGCCAAGCUUGCGAUCUCAUGGGCGACUUCCGAGUCGGAUACCUCCUAGGCACAUCGCCCAAACUCCAGUACGCAACACAACUAAUAGGUACCCUCUUCGCGACCUUCUUCGCACCAUCCAUAUUCCUCAUGUUCGCAACCGCCUACCCAUGCAUCCUAUCCACAGAGAACAACCUCGCAACCUCCCCCUCCUCAACCAGCAAUUCAACCACCCCCUCUAACUCCUGCGAAUUCUCCUCCCCCUCCGUCGCCGCCUGGCGCGCCGUAGCCGUAGCCGCCACAGAACCCAUCCUACCCAUCCCCCGCACCUCCCUCAUCUUCUCCAUCAUAAUGGCCACCAUCGGCGUCCUGAUGGUAAUCAUCCGACACGGCCUGUGGGUGGGGAAAUGGGAGCGAAUGCGCGUGUACCACCCCAACGUCAUGAUCCUAGCCAUGGCGUUCACGCUGCCGUCGCCGCAGUAUGGGAUUGCCAUGCUGAUCGGGGCGCUGGUGGCGGCUGCUUGGCAAUUGAAGGCGCCAGUGGGUUUUGAGGCCUUUGGGUACGCGGUUGCGGCGGGGUUUAUGGCUGGUGAAGGGAUUGGGGGCACGAUCAAUGCGAUGCUUUCGGUGUUAGGGCUUGGAGGGGAGGGGUUGGGGACGAGGGUUGGGUGUCCUGCUGGGAGGUGUUGAUAGUAUUUUUUUCUUUUCCCCGCCGAUUGGGUCAAGCCAAUCAAUACUUUAGAAAUAGAAUAGAAUGGACGUUACGAAGUCAUGCUUUCUGCUUGUGUGGUGGCUUAAACUACUGGGUAAUAUAUAUAUAUGGCUCUCACUAAAAAGUGCUUGGUUUGAAAAUAUGCAAGUUAUCUAAAUCUCGUAAAGAAAAGUACAUACAUACAUAUUUGGUAUACAGGAGGGUUGACCGUGGCUAAGGGCUACUCGUUACCUAUCAACACCAGCUGUGAUCGCAUCUGAUUGGAUUAACAGAAAAUGGAACAAAAAAAGAACUUCUAAUAUAAACAACCGUGAUGAUACCGUCCCAUCACUAACCAAUGGCAUCAACAUCUACGUCCACGUCGUGCUCUGGC